UUUGCUCGCUACAUGUGGACCGUGUGCUAUCACAACAUUUAACCUGUGUAUGAACUGAUAUUUCGGCUUAUCCAUUCGUCUUUAGAUAUCGACACACACACGGGAACGACCAUGGCCUCCAGCUGUCGGCGGCCUGAGCACACAGCUCCUCCAGAUGUGUUCUACAAUGAAGAGGAGGCAAAGAAAUACUCUCAGAACUCUCGAAUGAUUGAGAUCCAGACCCAGAUGUCAGAGAGAGCUGUGGAGCUUUUAAACCUGCCGGAGGGAGAGCCGUGCUUCCUGCUGGAUGUGGGGUGCGGCUCUGGUCUCAGUGGAGACUACCUGUCAGAGGAGGGACACUACUGGGUUGGGAUCGACAUCAGCACCGCAAUGCUGGAUGUUGCACUGGACAGAGAAGUAGAGGGAGAUCUUUUAGUGGGGGACAUGGGCCAGGGGAUGCCUUUCCGACCCGGCACCUUUGAUGGCUGCAUCAGUAUCUCUGCCCUUCAGUGGCUCUGCAAUGCCGACAAGAGGACACACAGCCCUCCAAAGAGACUCUACACCUUCUUUAGUACUCUAUACUCUUCUCUGUCAAGAGGUUCACGUGCAGUUUUUCAGCUUUAUCCAGAGAACUCAGAUCAGCUUGAGCUGAUCACGACGCAGGCCAUGAGGGCAGGCUUCAGUGGAGGCAUGGUGGUGGAUUACCCCAACAGCAGCAAGGCUAAAAAGUUCUUCCUGUGUCUGUUUGCUGGAACAACAGGGGUCCUUCCCAAAGGAUUGGGAUCAGAAACUUCAGACAGAGCUGUUCCAAACCAGGUCCAGUUUUCAGGACAAAGAUGCCGGUUCAAGAACAUGAAGGGGAAAUCAGCGAAGAAGGGACGAGACUGGAUAUUUGAGAAGAAGGAGAGGAGGAGGAGACAGGGACGGGAGGUUCGAGCUGACACAAAAUACACCGGACGUCAGAGAAGACCUCAUUUUUAGCUCUGACACACGCAGCUGUGGCUUCAUUAGCUCUCUUUUGUACCACCCAGCACACAGUCACCUCUGUACCUGCAGAGCGUUUGGACUCAAUUCAUUUUCGACUCCUAUUUAAGCGGAUUACGAUCAGUGGAGUUUUUGGGAGUUUGUUCCUCAUAAAUGGUGGCAAGAUUGCACUCUCCAUGUUCAUGUCCGCUGGAAGACAGACAUUUGCACUGCUUCAUGAUGACGCAGAGCACAGGAGCACCAACAAUGUCACAAAUAAAACAAUUUUUGUAAAUGAUCGAUCA